CUUCUUUUGUUGAAUUCUCCUUUUAGAAUUUGCUUUGUAAAUGCUGCAGUCUGGGCAUGUGAAUAAAAACAACACUGACAACCCCCAGGCCUUUAAUGAAGAAGAAGCUGGAGCAGGGCAUCACUCUGGUUGUGGACCGAUACGCCUUUUCUGGAGUGGCUUUCACCAGUGCGAAGCCAGGAUUCUGCCUGGACUGGUGCAUGAAGUCGGAUGUGGGACUGCCGAAGCUCGACCUGGUCAUGUUUUUGGAGCAGAGCUCGGCCGAGGCGGCGCUCCGGGGUCACUUCGGGGAAGAGAGAUACGAGACGAGCGUUUUCCAAAGACUGGUGCAGCAGAAGUUUGAGCCGUUGAUGAAGGAUGAAUCAGUUAACUGGCAGGUUAUCAACGCCUCGCAGAAUGUUGAGAGUGUGCACUUGGACAUUGCGGGCCACAGCCAUGAAGCCAUCAACUUGGCACAGGAUAUGCCUCUAGGAGAGCUAUGGAAGUGAAUCUGGGCCGGUCACUGUUUUGCACAUUAUGCACACUCACAUUUUCUCAACUUUCAGCGUUAUGGAGGAUCAUAUAAAUAAAUACACCUU